AUGGAUGAAAAUGAACGCCAACGGAAACUAGAAGCAGGAAGAGCUAAGCUUGCUAGCUUCCGACAGAAGCGGGCAAAGGGCGGCGGUACGGGGCCGGCGAAAAAGGCGUCGAAGGGGCAGAGCACGAAUGUCCCGCCGCAGAAUGACUGCACAACGCAAGACGGUCACAUAGACGCCGCUCCUCCAUCGGCCAAUGGGAAAGAGCCAAACACCAAACACCACGAGGUUGACAAACAGCCCAAACAGAUUAAAGUCAAGCAAAAGAAUGAAGUAGACUCGUCGCCAUCCCCGGACCGCAGUCCUAUGUCUGUGGAGGGCCUGAAAGAUGAGGACCUGGCAACGCUCACAAGCAAAGACCAGCUCAAGCUCCUGCAGCAGGCUGUGGAGAAGCGAGAUGAAAUCAUUUCCAAACUCACAACCAACCUGCAGGAGGCGCUGUCCAGCAGAGACCAGGUUCAGCUGGAGGCCCAGACUUUGGCAGGACAGAUCCAAGCGCUCCGGCAGCAGCUUCAACAAACCAGUAUGGAGUUCUCUCGCAUAAAAACUCUUCAUGGGCCGUCUUCAGAUUCAGACUCCAGUCAUAAAGACACAGCUACAGAAUUUAAAAACGAAGGAUCCAACACGGACAGCGACGAGGAGACCACCACCGCUGUGAAUAAACUCAAGCUGGAGCUGGAAAACGAGAGGGCGAGGAGCCAGAGCAUUUUUUCCCAACUCGAAAAAGAGCAAAGUGCCGUUUUGUUACUGGAGGAGGAGAAGAAGACGUGGGAGGAGGAACUACAGCGCCAUCUCGUGCAACUCCAGGACCUGCAGUCACAAUGCCUGGAAACGCAGCAGUACAAGAAGGACAAGGAGAAGCUCAACGCCGAAGUCCUGGAGCUGAAGGAGAUGCUUCGAGGCCAAGACGACCCAGAGAGGUUUGCCCUGGAGGCGACCAAUUCUGCACUCCUGGUCCACAGCCUGCAGGAGGAGCUGGAGAGCGUCAAGCAGCAGCUGGAGGACAGGGAGAAGGAGCUGAGGUUCAGGGAGGAGGAGGUGAUGGGGCUGAAGGCGUCCAAGAACAGACAGAACCAGGAAAGGGCUGGCAUCGUGUCUGUGGAGGUGGAAAGCGGGGACAGGAGGUUUGUGGAUGACCAUCUGAACGGGCUGCAGACGGAGGAUGUACUGAUGGAGCGGUACCUGUGCUCAGAGCCUCCUGCCCAUGAGGACUUCCAGCAGUGCAGCCAGCUCUCUGGAGACUGCAGCUUUGAAUUAAACAGUGAAGUCCUGGGAGAUCACCCCUUGUUGUCCAUCUCUGCUCGCCUUGAAGAAGUCCGUGAGGACGUCCCUGACUCCUUCAGCCUGUCAGAGCCUGGCCUGCCCUCCGCUGACGCCCCUCAUCCCCUUUUCCAGUGGCUCGACGUCUCCCAGAAUGACCAGCUGGACCUGAGUCAGACCUCUGCUGUCUCCGGAGACGCGCCCCUGGAGAAGGAGCUCUUGUACCAGCAGUGUAGCGAGCUGCAGGAGGAGCUGCAGCAGAAGGAGCGAGAGUUGGAGGUGCUCCGGGAGGACGUCUACAAGGGCACCGAGGAACUCGAGGAAGCCAGGAGCAGAUGGGCUCAAGUGACAGAAGAGCUGAGGGAGGCCCUGCUGGAGCUUGAGGAAGAAAAGGAGAAGAGGAUUCAGGUGGAGGAACAAAUGCAACAGAAAAGAGAAGAACAAGAUGAGCUUCAGAACAAAGACGGUGCCUUAGAGGAGUGUGCCCAGUCUGAACCAGUGGACCUGCUCAUGUUUUCCCCACAGCAAAGUGGAGAGAAGGCACACUCAGAGGAACAGCAGCAAACACUUAAGGACCUCAUUGAUAACCAGAAAUCAAAUCUUGAAGAAACAAAAAAGGAACUUCAAAUGGCCUCAGAGCUAGUGCACCAAAGGGCUCUUGAGCUGGAGAACGCUCUAAAAGAUCUCCAAAGCUCCCAGACAGAGCUGCUAAACCUUCAGGCCAAAAGGGACGACCUGCUGAUGGAACUGGAUCAGGCCCGGGCCAGUUUGGACCGAGCCGAGAAGGAAAGGCAUGACUUGGAAUCCCAGAUGGUCUGCUUGAACCAAAAUAUGGCCAACUUGGAGGAGACCCAGACCAAAGUCACGGAGGAGAGAGAGGAACUCCGGAGGAAAGGGGAGGAGAUGGGUGAACGCAUCAACACAAUGGAGCAAGUUCUGGAAGAGGAGUUGGAACAGUUUGAAAACCUUCUGAAGUCUAAAGAUGCAGAGAUGGCUGAGGAAAGAGAGAAAUGGGAGGAGGAGAGGCAGGAGAAGGAGAAGGAAAUUUCAGACGUAAAAAGUCUUCUGGAAGAUCAUCGGAGCAGGGCUGAGGAGGAACUGAACCAGCUGAGGGCGGAGCACAACCAGGCAGUGGAGGAGGCUGUGGAGAUGGUUAAGAAAUCUUACCAACAGGAGAUUUUGGAGCUGAAAAAGAAACAUCAGCAAGAGACUUCCGGCUUGGAGGUUCAGUUUGACAACCGCCUCGUGGAGCUGCAGUUCACGUUAGAAGAGGAGCAGAAGAGGCAGAUCAACCUCAUCAAACAGGUCACAGAGCGCGAGCACGAGAGGAUGAUGGCGGAGCUGAGCGCCAGACACGCUGAAGAACUGGAACAGAUGAAGACCGAGCUGAGCCUGGAGCUGAGGGAGAGCAUGGAGGCUGCGCACCAGGCUGAGAUGAACCAAGCUCAGGCCCAAAAGAUGCUGGAGAUGGAAGCCUUGCGCCUCAACCUAAUCAACAGCCACCACACCCAGUUGGAGCCGUCUCAGGACACAGCGGUGGGAACGAUCCAGGCCUCCAUGAAAGAGACGUUCACCCAGGAGAGGGCUCUGAUCCAGGCCAAACAUCAGAUGGAAGUGGACCAGAUCAGACGGCACCAUCAAGAGGAGCAGGAGAGGACGCAGCAGCUGCACCAAAGUGACAUGGAUAAGUUGAAGCGACUGCUAGAUGAAGAUCUCUCAAAGGAGAAAACAUAUUUUGAGCAGCAGGCUACUCAGGAGAAGCAGCCUCUGAUGUCCCAGUUGGAGGAAGCUCAUACUGCUCACUCCAAUCUCCAGGCAAUAUUAUUAGAGAAGUUGAACAAGACCAAAGCAGACCUCGACAGCGCCUUGGCCUCUCUGGACCAGAUGAAUGAAGAUUAUACCAAAGUCCAGGCCUCUUUGACCCAGCUCCGACUUGAGCUCAAAGAGUCUGAGGCUAAACUGGAUGAUUACCAGACAUCCAGCGAAGAACAGAGCCGGAAAUUGACCGAGCGACUUCAACAAGCCUUGUGUGAAAGAGAUGCUGCUACAUGUUCCCUGGAAGAGUUGCUCUCCAGUCAUAAAGCUGCUCUCCAAGACAAGGAACAGCAAGUGCUCCUCCUACAGGUCAAGGAGGAGGAACUGCAACAACAGGUUUUGAAUUUGCAAAAAGAAAAGAGCUUUUUGAAACAAAACUCGCAGGAAGAAGUGGAUCAACUGUGGACUCAGCUGGAGAGCAUGAGAACAAACCGCCAGGAGUUGGGAGAGCUAAAGGAACAGCUGCGUGCCCGCUCUUCCCAAGUUGAGGACAUAGAACGCUUAAAGGUGGAUUUUAAUGAGCAAAAGCUUGAAAUCAAACAGCAGAAUGAGGCUGAGCUGGAGAGUCUCAGGAGAUAUUUUGAGAAGCGGUUGCAAGCAGCUGAGGAGGGCUAUCGAGAGGAGAUCGCACUGCUCCAGCUGAGGAUGGUGGAGGGAGCACUGGAGGAGUCUGUGCUGAAGACUGUGCAUUACAGUGAAUAUUCAAAAUGUCUCAAUGAAGAAGAAAAGGAAAUUGAUGAUAAACAAGAGCUGGAGGAGAAGCACACAGAGGAGAUGGAUGAUCUCAGAUCUUCUCUGUCAGAGUCCUUCAAAGAGGAAAUACGACAGGUGCGCUCAGACCUCACUGAUCAGUACUAUAGUGAACUUGAGGAGAUGAAGUCCCGUCAUGCCUUAGAAAUGGAGCAAGUCAAAGCAAAACUCUCCGAAAGCCAUCUAAGAGCGCUCACCAGGAUCCAAUUGGAUGCUGCAAGGCAGAUAGAGGUGGAGGUUGAACAGAGGCUGUGGUUUUCCACAGAGGAGCAGAGGAACAACUCAAAUAUCAUCUAUGCUCUGGAGAACAGACUGUCUGCCCUGAGUAACCAGCACAAGGCUGAGGUCCAGAGCACACUGAAGUUGAAAGAGGACUUUGCUGCUGAGCUGGUGCACCUGGAGGAUGCCCUGCAGAAGGAGAGGGCUGAGAUGCAGGAGCGGCUAACCACUCUGAAAGAAGAGCUCCAACAACAGCAGCAGUCUGAGCUACGUGCGCUGAGGGAAGAGUUUGAGAAAGAGAAGGCCCACCUUGAGAGAACUCUUCAAGAAGAAAACAACAAGCUGAGGUCUCUACAAGCGGCGCUGGAGUGUGAUAACGGUCCACCACUCCUGAAAGUGCAGCAGCGACUGGAGACUCAGUUUGAAAAUGAGCUGCAAAAGGCACAGGGAAGCAUGGAAGAGGAGGUCAAAGUCAGAAUACAACAAGCUCAAGAAAGGUUUCAAGAAGAAAAGGCUGAAUUAGAGCGCAAUUUAUCCCAGAAAUAUGAAUUAUGUUUGAGCGAGGUAAAGGAAAAGCAUAAAUCUGAACUGGCUGAGGAGAAGACCCGAGCACUGACCAAACACUCGCAAGAGAUGGACUCCCUCACGGCCAAGUACACGGGGCAGCUGGACGCGCUCAGUACCAGUCACAGAGAGCAGCUGGCAGCCAUGGCCUCCGAGCUGCAGAGCAAGCACAACGCAGAGCUUGUUGCCUUGGAAGCGGCCCUCCAUUCACAGCGGAAGAUAGACCUGGCCAGCUUAGAGGCAGCCUUCCAGGAAACCAGCCAGGCCCAGCUCGAGGCUCAGCUGGCCCAACUGGAGAGCAGGCACCAGGAGGAGAAGGACGAGCUGGAGAGAAGAAUGCUGGGAAAUAUGGACACUCUGGAGGCCACGUAUCUCAAAGAAGUGCAAACUCUACGGGAUGAAAUGAUGCACCUGGAGGAGAGGCACUGUGGAGAACUGAUGGGGCAGAAACAUGAACACGAGCAGAUGUUGAAGCGGACCCUGACAGAGCAGCAGAGUCUCCGGGAGCAGCUGAGCCAGCAGCUCUCAGACCGCAUCAGUGCCAUGGCUGCGGAGCUCACUCAGGCUCACAAGGUGGAACUUUCUUGCCAAAAAGAAGCCUUGGAUAAUGAACAUUGUCAAGCCCUGGAAGCACUUAAGCAACAAGUUUUGGAGCUUGAGCAACAACACAGCGCUGCUCUCCAAGAACUUACAAGCACAUACGCUGCUGAGGUCAAACAGCUCACGGAACCACACCAGGUCCAGCUUCAGGAGCUAAAGAAUAUCUCGGCUCGAGAGCUGGAAGCAUGUCGCCGCGAGCUGGAGGAGUCGUCGUCCCGGCAACGGCAACACUUCACCGAGGAAGUGGAGCUUCUGAAAGCCCAAUCAGAAGAAAGGCUCCAGGACCGACUCCGUCAGAUAAAGACUGAGUUUGAAGAGCAGAAGGAGGCGGAGCUUGAGGAGUUGAGGCGGAGUCACACUUCAGAGCAGGAGGAGAGGGAGGCGAGUUACACCAGCAAAAUGAGCCAGCUGACCGCACAGUUACAGCAGCUGGAUGCUGUGGUGGCCCAGCUCCGAGAAGAGGUUGGCUGUCUGCAGGGAGAACUGGAGGGUAAGCGCUCUGAGAUGGAGACGCUAGACUCUCUGCUCCAGCGCAGAGAGAGGGAGAGCCAAGAGGGGGGGAACCUGCUCAAAAUGCUCACCGACGACCUUCAGGCUGCUAAACGGGAAAAGAUUACUCUACUUUCCUGUAAUGAGAAGCUGAGGAGGGUGUUUGUGGAGAUGGUGCGGAGUACAAUUGCGACAGAGGAGUUGAUUGGUCAAAAAGUCAGUGCACACGAUACGACCUCCGCACAAGUAAAACGGAGGAGUUCUGUAACAAACAAAGAUGCACAUACAGUAUAUGACUUGUCUUCAGAGGACUUGGAGCUGACUCACACUCUCUGUGAGAGCCUGUUGGUGUCAGAUUCAAACCUCACUCUGGAGGGAGAGGAGGCCGCGCUCUCUGCAAGUGGAAGACUUCACCGUGCAGUGAGCACACUGCUGGACCUGCUCAACCAGGCCAACACACAGCUGGAAGAGACCCAUAAUGUGCAUCUGUCCCUGGAGCAGAAGUUCACUCGUGGCAGGGAUGACUCUGCGCAGUUGGUCGAGCAGCACAAGCUCCUGAUAGAGCAGCUAAAUGAGGAGGCCAAGCAGAAGAGCCAGCUCCAGCUCGAGCUGCACAAAGCCGAGGGACUCGUGCAAGGUUUUGUGGCAGAGAAGGCAAUCCUGGAAGAGUCUUUGCAGCAAAAGGAAGCUCAGGAGGAGAGGCUGGCUGAGGAGCUGGAGGACCUGAAGCUCAAACUACAUCAAACUCAAAACCUCGCCAAGGAACUGGAGAUGCUCCGGUGCAAGAACCAGGAGCUCAGCGAGGAGCAUGCUGCCCUGCUACGACAGAAGGAGCACCUGUCUGCUGACCUGGGCGACAGGGAAAAGGACUUUUGUCUCAAAUUAGAUCAAGUCACAGCUUUACUGACAGAAGUGGAGCAUUUGGCACAAGACAGAGCGGACUUGCAGCGCCAAGCCGAAAAGGACCACAGCUCACUAUCACAGCGAAUCCGUGCCCUGGAGAGAGAGCUGGAGGAUCAGGAGACGAGGGGCCUGGAGACGGAGCAGCACAACAAGGCCCUUACGGACGACCUGCACCAGAGGGUCCAAGCACUGGAGAAGCAGCUCAAGCACAACCGCCACUUCAUAGAGGAGCAAGCUGUGGAGCGGGAGCAUGAAAGAGACGAGUUCCAACAAGAAAUAAAAAAACUGGAAGAUCAGCUCAAGCAAACUACUUGCACCGACAAUAAAGGGCUCAAGUUUGAAGACAUGGUUUUUGAGGUGGAAAAUCUCCAAGCUAUGAUCAAAGACAAAACUGAAGAUCAUGCCACACUGCUUUCAACUAACCAACAAUUCCAGCGCGACCUUGCAGAGCGCAAUGAAGAGAUUGACAAACUGGCAGGUAGAAUCAGAGAGCUGGAGCAAGCCCUGCUCAACAGUGCCGAGACCAGCAGAACUGCCAACCAACUAGAACAGGAGCUGCACAAGGCGAUGCUGAGGGAACAAGAGCUCACACAAGAUAAACAGGCCCUGGAGCAGCAGCAACUGUCUCACAGACUCCAGAUAUCUGCACUGCAAUCCAAACUGGAUGAGACCAAACACUGUCACCAAAAGAACAGCCACGACCCCACACAGGAGCUGAGGGAGGCACUGGACACGGCUCAGCAGAACCUCCACUGCAAGGAGCAAGAGGUGGAAGAGCUGCUUGGUCAACUGGAGACUGUGCAAAGUGCCCUGGGAAUCAAAGAAGUGGAGCUGAAGCACCUCACUCUACAACUGGAGUCGAUCACUACUCGGAACACUGCUCACGUCACUGAACUCCAAGAGCAGAUUGCAGUUCUCCAGGAUAUUGUGUCUACCCUCACAAUACUUGAAGAACAGAGGGAAGAAGAACCCGAGGUCGUAGGGACAGAGGACACGUUUCCUACAGCUCUGCUCCUGGAGAAGAACUUGGAGAUCGAUCAACUUCAUAACGAGAUCCAAAGACUGGAGCAGGAGCAGGAGCAAAGUUCAGAAAGCAAGACUUUGGAGACUGAACAACUGCGCUCUCAAGUUGACGACCUGCGUUCUCAAGUGGAACACCUCCAGUCCGAAGCCCUCCGAAUCCGUCACGACAAGCAAGAAGAAGCAGAGCGCCUUCACGAGAUCAUCAGCACCCUGCAGGCCGAGCUGAAUACUCUGGGCCCCAACCUCCACGAGGUCAGCGACUCCCAGGACGGCGACAGCAUCAACCCCUCUCCUGCCCCCAGCCCCGAGCCGCCGCGCCUCACUCUCAACGAACCGGAGAGAGUCAGGCCCAACAAUCUCAAGCAAGAGCUGGGAGUGAGCUACCCCGCCUCGACACGCUCCCUACGUUCCCGUCUCAAAGCUCUGCAAAGCCAGCUGGAGAUCGUAGGGGCCGAGAAGGAGGGACUGGAGAGACUAUUGCACACUCAGGAGCAGGAGUACAGGGGCCACGGAGAGGAGAUGGCCAAGAGGCUAAAGGCACAGGUAGAAAAGGCAGAAGAACUCCAGAAUCUGCUGAACGGCAAAAUCAACGACUUGGAGCGGCUUCAAAUCCAAAUGGACGAACGGGAAGAAAGGUUAAAAUCUGUAGAGGUUGAAAUAAACAGUUAUAAAUCGCAAGCCCACAAUGUAAACGACCUCCAAGGUGAAAUCCAGCAGUUCCGUUCAAUAGUCAAGGAACUCCAAAGCAAACAAGUGGCAAGAUCAGAGGAGAUUGAGGCCCUAAAAGCAAAAGAGCAGAGAUUGGAAUCCGAAAUGGGAGAUUUAAGAGAAAGAGGGGUCGUAGCGGAGAGGAAGCUCCAAGAGACACUGGUUGAGCUGGUGCGCACGGAGGCUCUGGUUGCCGAGGAGAGGAGCAAGGUGACAUCGCUGGAGGCCGCGGUGGAAGAACGAGCUGCGGAACAAAAGGGGAUGAGGGGAAGGGAGGUGGAGCUGCUGCAGGAGAUCAAAAGGCUCAAACAGGAAGUAGAAGAAAUGAGAAGGCGUGUCCAAGAGCUGAUGGGGGACCUGAGGCAGAAGGAACAGGAUCAGGAGGUGGAGCAGAAGGAUGUCCUGAGUCAUGCUGAGCAGACUUUGUUCAAGGCAGAUGCUGUGUUGAAGGAGAAGGAGGUGGAGCAUCGGGCACUGUCCAACGAGCUAAACGCUGUCAAACGGGACCUCCAAGAAUCCACAGAAACAGCCGAAAAACUCCAAAAAGAGGCACAUGCUAAGGAGAAGGCUGUAGCUGAUUUGGAGUUCCAUAAUCGACAGCUUAAGGCACAGCUUCAGAAGCAACAGGAGGAUCUGGUGGCACAGGAAGAAGAACUCGUCCACCAUCGCAAAGGAAUCCAAACACUGAGACUGCGCUAUCAGCAUGACCAGUCCUCACAGCAGCAAACACACAAGGAUUCUUCCCAUACUCCGUUUGAGGAUGUGAUCUCGUCCUCUCACGACGAUGUGUCCCUGAGCUCUCCGGAGGUUCUGCGGAGGCUGGAGUGUUCGUUAGACAGGUUCCCCGAGCGCCUGCACACCUCCGGCCUGGAGUCUCGUCUGUCUGAGCUCAGUGUUCUCAACAACACCUCUGGCCUGGACCUGCCCCCGGUCAAACCCUCCCCUAGAGUCCUCAUGGAGCCAGCCCACUCCAGAACAAUCACCCCUGAGCCGGUGUCCCGCAGCAGUCACUCUCCAGUCUCAGGCUCCAACUAUUCCACCAUGGAGUCACUGGACACGGACAAGGUGCAAGAGUUAGAAGAACUAGACCUCACCACACCGUCCUCUCCCAUCGGCUCCACCUCUUCACUGUCGGCUCCAGAAUGGGCCAGCGAUGGAUAUGGAAGCAACGUGAGCUCAGAUCUGGGGGCCCGUCUCCGAGCAGAGCUGGAGCAGACAGAGCGUCUGGAUGCUCAGUUUGUGGAGUAUCUCCGCUGCAGAGGCAUCAACCCCACAGCGAACACCGACAGUGCAGCCGGCAGCAUGAGCUUCAGCGAAGAGCUGCUCUCCCCAGAACUUCAGGCGCUGUUGAGGAAGGUGUACCAGGAGAGCUGCAGAAUUCUUACUCUGUCUCAGCGCCACAACUCUUCUCACGCCACAGGUUCUGACAUGACGGCCCCACAGCGCUCUCUGGACGGCUCCUCUCUCCACCAGGAGGACCCCAACCCUCCUAUGAGCUGGCAGCAGGAGAAAAGGGCACUUCAAGAGACUGUGAUCGCACUGAGAGAGCUGCUGUGUCGUAUGGCUCAAAGACAUAAUGCCGAUGGCAGCGGCCAGCUCCAGGAUGCACACAUGGAGCUGCAGUUAAGAGCUGAGCUGGAGGAGAGGCAGAAGGAAGUGCACCGUGCCCACAACAUCCAGCAGGACCAAAAGAACAAGAUUGAGACACUGAGAACAAACAUUGAAGAUGGAGAGGAUGCCUUACGGAGGGAACGGAGCAAAGUCCAAAUGCUUCAGCAGGAGCUGGAGCAGGAGCGUACACGCAGUCUCCGCAAGGACAUCGAGGAUGGAGACAGACGCGAGGCUGAUUAUGUAUCAUCGGAGCUGCAGAGGUCCGAGCUCGUGGCUCUGCGAGGUCAGCUCGAGCAGGAGUCCGUGGCCUGCAGUAACCUUAGACGUGAACUUCAAAUAGAACAGUCGCGCAGCGUGUUACUGGAGAAGCACCUGGUGGACCUCCAGCGAGAUCUGGAAGAGACUCAGAAACUGCAAGACUCUUCCACUCGAGAAAAAAGCCAACUGGAACAUCUCCUCAACCAAACCAAAUCCCGUUUGGACGAUAGUUGCAGCGAGCUGGCAGACGCACACAGGAAACUGGAAGAGGAAAAACAACGCUCCUCAAAACAACUGCAGGAACUCGAGCUCAGACACCAAACUGAUGCUGCUCGCGACGGAAAGUUCAUAUCCGACUUGCGCGCUCAACUGGCCCACGAGAGAAGGCGGAGCGAGGAGCUGGCGUCUGAGGCGGACCGGCUCAGAGCAGACCUGCUGCAGAGCCGGAGGAGGUGGGAGGACGAGGACAAGGCACUCAGAGACGAGGUACAUACGGCGCGGGAAGCAGCCGCUCGACAAAAGGUGGCUUUGGACACACUGACGGAGCUGAAGCAAGACGCGUGCAGAGAGCUGGAGGAGAGGAGGAGCCUGGCCAAGCAUCAAGACACAGAGAUUACAGAGCUGAAGGAGAAACUGCAGAUAAUGAAGAACAAGGAGAGGGAGAGGGAGGAACAGUGGGAGAGGGAGAGGAGGAGAGGCCAGCAGGAGCAGGCGCAGAGGGACAAACGACAGCAGAACACCUACUGUAAACUGCGUGAGCUGGAGGAGUUGAGGCAGCAGGACCAGCAGCGGCUACAGGAGUUGCAGCGCACUUUGGCCGAGCUGGAGAGGGAUGAGCGGGAGCUGGCCAGGCAGAGGCUGGCUGAGCUCCGCACUGGCCACAGUGUUAGCUCAAAGUUACCCGACAAAGUCAAUCACAAGCAGCAGGAGUUAUCGGUUCCAUCUUCAGCUCUCAUGGAGAAGCUCUCUAUAGAGAACCGUCAUCUAAAGGAGCAGCUCUCGGCGCAGAGUCACGACGCUGCGUCCCUCAAACAGAAGAUCAGCUCUUUGAGUCAGCAGCUGCGACGCACAGAGAAGGAGCUCCACCAGAUCUCAUCUGAAACUGAGAACAGACCUGCCCACGAGCCCCUCACUCACCCCAAGUUGCAGCGGCUGUACGAGCGCUACCUCCGGGCAGAGAGCUUCCGGAAGGCGCUGGUGUAUCAGAAACGAUACCUGCUGCUGCUCAUCGGGGGCUUUCAGCAUUGUGAACAGGCCACGUUGUGUCUUAUAGCCACUAUGGGAGCGCGGCCCUCGUCCCAUCUCUCUCUCCCUCUGCGUGGGAAGACCCGCUUCAGAACGGCGGUUCGAGUGGUCAUUGCUAUCUCCAGGAUGAAGUUUUUGACUAGAAAAUGGCAGAAAGCUAUUCGGACCAUAUCCCUCUCUGGCUCCGUCCAUGGUCCUAGUUCAGGUUCUAAAGCGGAAGUCUUAAGACCUCAACGGUCAAAUUCUGAAUCUGCUUCAUCUAGAGAAAUUGUGACUCCCUUUGUUCCGUCCAGAAAACAGUCUUUCAGGCUUCACACAAGGUCACAGUCCAGUUCUACGCUGGCUUCAGUGCAGACUGGGGCCGCAUCAUUGGACCAAGAGAGAUCUUUGACUGAAUAUAUCCAACAUUUGGAGAAAGUCCAGCACCGUUUGGCAGGAGUCAGGCAAGGUUCACCGGUUCACCAGCCGGACCCAAAGAAGUCCUCUCGCUAA